CGCGCUUGAAGGUUGCCAGGGUAACAGCAGGCAGCCUCGCAUCGAUUUGAUGAGAACACGAGAAGUACUCUGUUAUUUUUAUAUCAAAAUUAAGAUGUCAGACUUGCCUAGUGAAAAUUAACUAUUGAAAUCGGUGUAGAGAUGGGGGCCAGAGAUUCAUUCAAUCCGGAUCUCAUCAAAUUUGGUUUGGAUUUAAUCAGCUCAUCGUGGGACCAUUUACAUUUUCUAGAAGAGGUCAGUCGCUAUUCUUGUCUACAAGAUGGUCCGCUUGUCAAGAAAGCUGUUUACCGAUAUGAGAAAUUCUGGCUUCCAUUAGCUUCCGAGAACUGCAAUCAUACUUUAGCUGCUCCCUUAGACAUAGAAUGGGUUUGGCACUGCCAUAUGUUAUCUCCUGAAAACUAUCGCAAAGACUGCACUGAAUUGGUUGGUAAAGUGAUAGAUCAUAAACUGCUGGAUGCCAAAAAGAGAUCUCGAGCUUUGGAAAAUUCAAAGCAUUUAUGGAACCAGAAAUACUCCAUUCUGCACCCAGAUGAAACGUUUGAGCUUACACUUAGUCAUGACACUGUUUCAAAAGAUUAUAUUUUUGAGUCUUCGCUCUCUUAUGACAUAGUUGCUGCUGUUUCUAGACAAAAAUCCUUCUACUACCAAGUAAGUUUGUCCCAUUUUAAAGACGUGAUGUAUUUAGAGAAUAGUUUAUUGCGGUAUAAGAAGUAUUUAUUUUUGAAGAAGGUAAAUCCAGAUGCCUACCUAGUACCUUGUUACGACAUUGAUCUCAUCUGGCACACACACCAAAUUCACCCUUUUAUCUAUAAUAUCGACACGACCAAGUUACUAGGGAAACUGUUCAACCAUGAUGAUGCCGUCAACGACCGAAAGCUAGGUUCUCGACUCAACAGAGCUGAUAUGGCUACCAGGAAGAUUUGGUAUGAAGAGUUUAAAGAGAGCUUUUCCAAUUUUGGGGCCAUGUUCAGAGGUGAUCCUCCUAUUCAUAAACUACAUCGCAUCCACCACGGUGACACAUAUGCAUUCUCGACGAAAAUAGCUUUUAUUGAUCUGGAAAAGAUUGUGAUUGAAGGAUUGGAUAACACAGUUGGAAAAACAAAACUACAAAUUCACUACGCUACGAAUUUAUCGAAAGGACCAAUUCUUGUUAAUCUUAAGGGAACAGAGCGGGAGUGGAAUAGGAAGAGUUUGCCCAAAUUCGAGUUUGACACCAAAAAGUUCAACUUACUCAAGAUCUGUCUGCAGGAAAAUGAUGGGGUAUUUUGUUUUGGUAGCAAAAAGGACAUUAUAUUGGACACCGCUUACGAUUUCUUGCCUGUGUUAGAAGGGGCUGGGGAACAUGGAUCAAAAGUUAGUGAGUGUUUUGAACAGACGUCAGAAAUUCAUGGGAAGAUUAGAAUACACUUGCAGGGAUUCAUAGAAUCACCAAAUAUUGGAGCAUGUCUACUAUUUCUGCAGAGUGGUCGAUUCGACAUUUGUAAUAUGCCACUUCAAGCUGACAGACUAUGGGGCCCAAUACCACUACCACAGAUACAGGAUACCACAGAAACCCACUGUAGCGUUGCUAGUCACUCUUUAUUAAAUCAUACUGGGCGUUUGGUAUUUACAUGUAGGGUCAUUCAUUGUCCAAAGAUUCUUAUGUCUGCUGUUCACGUCUUUUACCAAGACAAGAUGGCUGCUGUCGCCCAUCUUAUUGGCUCUGAUCAGCUUCCGCUGCCGUCUCAGGUACAUAAUCAAGAAAAGUGUGUUACUCUUAACCCAAGGAAGGGUGAAAGGGCAAUUUUGAUUAAGAAUCAUAGUGGUGAUUGGGGAAUAUUGGUUGGUAAAUGGGAUGGCUAUAAACGUGGUGUAGCUGGCAUUCCUGGUACAAAACAUCAUCUAGCUAGACGAGGAAAACCAGGUUGUCCAGGCUACCUUAAAGUUUCCUUUACAAAACUCUCUACUGGAAAAACAGAACUUUUGUCUCUUCCGUAUCUUCAAAACAUUUUUAGUUUCUCCUUAUAUGAUGUUACAGUAAACAUGCGAGCGGGUGCUAUUCACGUCAACGCAGAACAAAAUGAGGUAGCGGAAAAUCUGGCGUUAGCUUUUUCCUUAGCUUUACUACAUGUUCUUUGUUCCCCUCGACCAGCUCGAUGGAGUCCUGGCCAACCAACAAAACCAAGCAACGGCAGAAACGGUCAAAAGGCCAUUAAUUACAUACCAUCUGAAGACCUGGCGCUAAUAAUGGCGGCGGGUCAUCUUGAGGCUACCCCUUCAAAUUACUAUAUUCACAAUACACAUGGAAUGAAUGCUUGCAGUGGCUGUGUAGGGGGCGACGUGGAUGUAAAUGGUAUAGAAGCGGAUGUUGAGGGUAUUGGAGAUUUAACGGGUGUUCUAGAUGUGGGUGGAGAAGGGGCGGAUGGGCUUGGAAUGGAUGCGGCUUGUGGAGGAUGUGGUGGAUGUGGCGGGUGUGGAGGUUGUGGGGGGUGUGGUGGCUGUGGUGGCUGUGGAGGGUGCGGGGGUUGUGGCGGAUGUGGGGGUUAAAUUAAUUCGAUCUUUGAAUUGAUAAUAUAUCUAAAAUCGCGUUUAAUGUUCGGCUUUACGUAUAGGUUUAUCUUACUUAUUAUUCCAGACACUAAUUAUUAUUGAGUUGUAUAUCCUACAUGUAUGAUUAUAAUGUAAUUGGGAAUGACACUUUGCAAGAUUCUUCAUACUUUCAACAUACAACAAUCACAAUGUGAAUCUCCCUGAGAACUAUAUUCAAUUAAUGUAAGUUAGUGUAAAGAGAGAAUAGUGACAUGGAUAAUUGUGAUACAAGACCCUUAACCCUUUCCCUUGCAAUAUAUUUCAUACCUGAUCCCUGACAACUGGGUGUAACACACCCGUUCGUAUACUAAUUAUAUAGGAAUAAUAUUUUAUACUUGAUCCCUGACAAAACAGCAGAUUUGAUGAUUUACUGGGAACUAUUUUUAGCGCACAAUGUGAGUGAUUUGGCUAAAUACAUGAAAUUUCAAAUGCAAGUUUGAGCCGCCAUCUUGGAUCUUUGUUAACCCUUAUCCCUGACAACUGGAUGUAAUCCACCCGGGAGCACCGUAUUUUUGUAAUUACUCGCUUUUCGUUUUUUGGAUUUGAACGAAACUCUAUCUAAUCUUUUAUCUGAAAUUAAAUUGCCUCUACCAUCUGUUUGUAAAAAAAACCACUUACUUACUACUUUUGUUCAAUGUAAUGUCUAUUAAUAGAUGGGUGUGAUACACCCAGUUGUCAGAGACUGUAGAAAAAAAAAUUGAACCCCCACAGAUUCCACCAAAAUACAAAUACGAUAAAUUGAACCAAUCCGGCAAUGCACAACAACUAUCUUGAAGAUUAGAUAGAGUUUCGUUCAAAUCGAGAAAACGAAAAGCGAGUAAUUACAAAAAUACGGAGCUUCCGGAUGGAUUACACCCAGUUGUCAGGGAAAGGAAGUGUUUCCACUUCAAGCCUAUACAUAUUAUGUAUAACUCUAAUGUAGUUGGAGUUCUUUUCUUGGUUUAUUAUUUCGUAUCUCAAGCUGUAUACCUUGCCAAUAUUCGUUAGCUAAUCAUUGGCCUAAUAUGAUCACGUGACAAACAAUACCUAAUUAAUUAUUUAUUUAUUUGUAUUAUAUUGUUAUUGUUGUUUUAAAAUACUGAAAUGCCUUAAGUGUUAAAUAUUUAUCCAAUGUAUAAAGUCUUUGAAACCAUAAGCACGGUAUUUAUAAAAGAAGUAUCAAAUGUUGCCAACUGUUUUACCCGAAUUGUUAAACUUUUAUGUGAUUAAUAUUUGUAUAACACCAAACUAUGUAGAUUUCGUGUGAACUGGGUAUAAAUUAAUGUUUUGUUUUGUAUACAAGGUAAAAUAGAAGAUCGGCUAUCAGUUUGGGUAUUUAUUCAGAUAAGAUGGGAUUUUUAUUACUAGUAUGUAUCAUUACUUAAUUGCCACGGGAAAUGCCUACGGCAACAUUUUUGUGCGUAUUUAAGUAAAAUGAUUAUUAUAGUAGAAAUAUAUAUUUCAUGCUCAUAUUUUAUUGUUCCGGCUAUUAUGUUAUUUUAAAACCCCUCACGUAAACAGUAAAGAAAUAAACUUUUAAAAUCCACAGAUGUUCUUGGGCGUGCUGGAGACUGUUUACACGCUCUUUAUUAGGAUCCAUAAAGAGAGUAAAAUGCGUUGAUAAAGACAUAGAAAUAUGUGUGCAUGUACGUUUAUUUGGAAAUAUAUACUAGAUAUAGGAGUACAGAUUCAAAAUCAUUCGUAAAAACCCAUGCAAGGAUUAUCAGAAAUAUUGGGGUUAUCAAAAUUAGAUACUCGUCCUUCUAGGGCAGAUAUCAAAUAUUGAGGGUGGGGGGUCCAGCUGCAUCUCUGUGUUUAUCGAAAAAUCUUUUCAUUAAAUAAAACACAAAUAUGAACUGAAAUGUUAUAGACGAGUAACAUUCUUGACAUUUACGUCAACUUUGAAUAGAUAUCGUGUUAAAAGCCGCUGCAUGCCUCUCACCCACCCCACCCCAGACUAGCGUUGGGCACGUGGUUAUAUAUAUUAAGCUUUAGUUUUUACCUUUAUUCCAUGGCACUUACUAUGUGUGAUGAUACCCACCCCCACCAACUUCGUGCCCGAAUUGCUCGUACCCACUUCUUACUAGAUUAAGUUGCCGGUCUCCAUUUCGUUACUUUUAGGGGCGUACGUUCUUUCCAAUAUAGAUGGACCUACCACAAUGUAUAUUGUUUAUUAUUAUAUACUGGUUAUUUAUAUAUAUUUUACAUGUGUUAUUAUUAUUAUAUAUAUACAUAUAAGCUGGUUUAUGCUGUCCUUGUGAUAAUAAUGUUAUAAUAUGCAUGUAAUAAAAGUACCGAUAUCUA